AUGGCAUACCAACAGUUCGCUGACUUCUCAACAAACUCCACCAAUCCAUUCUAUCUUCACCCUAAUGAAAAUCCUGCGCCGAUUCUUGUUUCUCCACUUCUUGAUGACAAGAACUAUCACAACUGGGCUAGAUCAAUGCACAUUGCAUUGAUAUCUAAGAAUAAAGAUAAGUUUGUUGAUGGAUACCUCGCCAAACCCCUUGGCUCCAUUUCUGAGUCAAUCACAAAGUCAGUUCUCUGGAUCGAUAGCGCUGCAGGGGUUUGGAAGAAUCUCCAACUCAGAUUCUCACACAGCGACAUCUUCCGCGUCUCUGAUCUACAAGAAGAAAUCUACAGGUUGCGCCAAGGUAAUCUUGAUGUUUCCAACUACUUUACUCAGUUAAAGGUUCUAUGGGAUGAAUUAGAUAAUUACAGGCCCCUCAUUACUUGUGCUUGCGCCAUUCCUUGCUCUUGUGGUGUUGUGAUAUCUUCACAACAAUAUCGGGCACAAGACCAAGUCAUUCGAUUUCUUAAGGGUCUCAAUGAGAAAUUCACUCACUCCAAAUCUCAAAUAAUGAUGAUGAGUCCUCUCCCUAGUUUGGAUAAGGCCUUUUCUCUCAUCAUUCAACAGGAGCGUGAACUUAAUCAUUCAUCCUCGACACAGGUUCAGGCAUCUGCAAAUCCUGAAGAAUUAACUACAGCUUGUCAAGCUCAAGCUUGUUACGGAAGUUCUAAUGCCAAACAUGGAAAUUAUACCAAGGGCAGAGGUUCUACCCGUGUAUGCACACACUGUGGCAGGAGUAACCAUACUGUGGAAACUUGCUUUCUUAAGCAUGGAUAUCCCCCAGGAUUCAAGAACAAAAGCAAGAACCAGUCUACUCCUACCAAGAAUCAGUCGAAUGCCACGGCAAAUGCUGUCUCUGAAGCUUCUCAGCAGGACUCAACCACUCCUUUGUGCAAUUUCACUCAGGAGCAGUAUCACAGCCUUGUUGAGCUACUCCAACAAUCAAAGCUUAAUCCCCAAGCUAACUCUGUCUCAACUUCACCCCUAGCCAUGAACACUCUUUCCUCCAAUACUAUUGGUAUGUCUUCUCAUCUUUGGAUCCUUGACACUGGAGCAACAUGA